CGCAGUCCCCGCCCAGGGAGAGGCAGCGGCGGCGGUUCCGCACGGGCAGCGGGGGUCCCGGGCCAGGAGCGCCGCAGCCAUGGCCGGGGCGCGCCCGGAGGUCCACGCGCUCCAGCUGGAGCCCCUGAAGGUCCCGGAGACCCUGAUGAAAGGCAGCAAGUUCAUCAAAUGGGACGAGGAACCAACAAACCGGACUCUGGUGACCUUACGGGUUGACCCUAAAGGAUUUUUCCUCUACUGGACUGGCCCAAAUAUGGAAGUUGACGUUUUGGACAUCAGCUGUAUCCGUGACACUCGGACCGGGCGCUAUGCCAAGCUACCAAAGGACCCGAAGAUCUGGGAGAUUCUUGGCUUUGGGGGGGCAGAGCAGCGGCCCGCGGAGAUGCUGGUGACGGUCGUGCAUGGCCCAGACUUUGUCAAUGUGAGCUUCCUCAACUUCAUGGCAGUCGUUCCGGAUGAUACGGCCAAGUUGUGGACUGAGGAGCUGUUCAAACUAUCCACAAACAUCCUGGCUCAGAACGCCUCCCGGAACACCUUCCUGCAAAAAGCGUACACUCGGCUCAAGAUCCAGGUCAAUCAGGAUGCAAGGAUCCCUGUCAAAAACAUCCUGAAAAUGUUCUCAGCUGACAAAAAGCGGGUGGAGACGGCCCUGGAGUCCUGCGGUCUUAAUUUUAACAGGAGCGAAUCUAUCAAACCUGAAGAGUUCACCCUGGAGAUCUUUGAACGCUUCCUGAACAAGCUUUGCCUUCGGCCAGACAUAGACAAGAUCUUGCUGGAAAUUGGAGCCAAGGGGAAGCCUUACCUCAGCCUGGACCAGCUGAUGGACUUUAUCAACCAGAAGCAAAGAGACCCCCGUCUCAACGAGAUCCUCUACCCGCCACUGACUCGGGAGCAGGUGCGCCAGCUAAUCAACAAGUAUGAGCCCAACCAACAGUUCCAGCAGCGUGACCAGAUGUCAAUGGAAGGGUUUGGCCGCUACCUGGGGGGAGAAGAGAACACCAUUGUGCCCCCCGAAAAGCUGGAUUUAAGUGACGACAUGACCCAGCCGUUAAGCAGCUACUUUAUUAACUCUUCACACAAUACCUACCUCACAGCUGGGCAGCUGACAGGCAAUUCCUCAGUGGAGAUGUACCGGCAGGUGUUGCUGAGCGGCUGCCGUUGCAUUGAGCUGGACUGCUGGAAGGGGCGGCCCCAAGACGAGGAGCCCUUCAUCACACACGGGUUCACCAUGACAACCGAAAUCCCUUUCAAGGAAGUCAUAGAGGCCAUUGCUGAAAGUGCCUUCAAGACUUCACCUUUCCCUGUUAUCCUCUCAUUUGAGAACCACGUUGACUCGGCAAAGCAGCAGGCGAAGAUGGCCGAGUAUUGCCGCAGCAUAUUUGGGGACGCUCUCCUUAUUGAUCCUUUGGAUAAAUAUCCGCUUCAGCCUGGCGUUGCUUUGCCAAGUCCCCAGGAGUUGUUGGGCCGGAUCCUGGUGAAAAAUAAGAAGCGCCGCAUGCAUGGCAAGGGAUCUGAAGGCAGCAUUCGGAAAAGGCUCCUGGAACAGACACCCAGCUCCUACAGCGAUUCAUCCGGAGUGGGUGAGCCAGGCUCUCCUGCACUAGGCUCUCCUUUUGCAGAGCAGGCUGAGAUACUGUCACCAGUCAUGACCAAUGGUGAGGAGAAGUCUUCCGACAGAAUCGCGAAGCUGGUUGAACCCCGUAAGUCUAUUGACCGUGAAGCUGAGAGCGAAGAGGAGGAAGAGCAGCCGGAUCCCAAAAAGCCCACGACAGAUGAGGGCACCGCAAGCAGUGAGGUCAAUGCCACAGAAGAGAUGUCUACACUGGUGAACUACAUCGAACCUGUCAAGUUCAAAUGCUUCGAGGUGGCCAGGAAACGCAACAAAUCUUUCGAGAUGUCUUCCUUCGUGGAGACCAAAGGUUUGGAGCAGCUGACCAACAGCCCCAUGGAGUUCGUUGAAUACAACAAGCAGCAGCUGAGCCGGAUAUACCCCAAAGGGACCCGAGUGGAUUCCUCCAACUACAUGCCUCAGGUCUUCUGGAAUGCUGGCUGCCAGAUGGUGGCACUCAAUUUCCAGUCGCUUGACUUGCCAAUGCAGCUGAAUCUGGGCAGCUUCGAGUACAAUCGCCGGAGCGGGUACCUGCUCAAGCCAGAGUUCAUGCGGCGCCAGGACAAGCUCUUUGACCCCUUCACCGAAGAUAUCAUUGACGGCAUCGUGGCUAAUACUGUCAAAGUGAAGAUAAUCUCAGGACAAUUUCUUUCGGAUAAGCGGGUGGGCAUCUACGUUGAGGUGGACAUGUUUGGGCUGCCGGUGGACACCAAGCGCAAAUUCCGGACGCGGACAUCGCAGGGGAAUUCCUUCAACCCGGUGUGGGAUGAGGAACCUUUUUUGUUCCACAAGGUGGUGCUUCCUACAUUAGCCUCGCUGCGUAUAGCUGUCUUUGAAGAGGGGGGCAAAUUUGUGGGGCAUCGGAUACUGCCCGUCUCUGCCAUCCGUUCAGGCUACCACUACAUUUGCCUGCGCAGCGAAAGCAACCAGCCCCUCUGCCUCCCAGCCUUGCUGGUCUAUACUGAAGCCUAUGACUACAUCCCAGAUGAUCACCAAAAUUAUGCAGAGGCUCUGAUCAACCCCAUUAAACACGUCAGCUUAAUGGACCAGCGAGCCAAGCAGCUUGUGGCUCUGAUAGGAGAGAGUGAGCAGGAGAAUGCAGAGAAGCCACGGACAUCGGUGUCGAGAAGUUCCUCUGGCGUGACCGCUGGCCCCACUGAAGAGGCACACAAGCCCCCACGACCCCUGCUCCCCCCGACCCGGAGCCCCAGCGUAGUUCCCAGUCAAGUGCAAAGGGACGAUCUGAUUGCCAGCAUCCUUGCAGAAGUGUCCCCCCAGUCCCUGGAGGAGCUGCGCCAGCACAAGUCCUUUGUGAAGCUGCUGAAGAAACAGUACCGUGAGCUGAAGGAGCUCCGGCGGAAGCACAUGAAGAAGAUCUGCAGCCAAAACAAGAAGCAGAGCGCCCAGUUCUCCCAGGGGGAAAAAAGCCGGUUGCGCAGCCAGGAAGGGUCUCAGAGUUCUUUGGAGCUGGAUCAGGAGAGCCAGAUGCAAGGUCUGCUGCAGCUGCGGGAGGUUCAGCACCAGCUGGAGAGGGCCUGCAAGCGAGGGCACCUGCACCAGGCCCAGCAGCGCUUGAAAGAGAUUGCCCAGGAUUGCCAGGCUGCCCAGCUGAAGAAGUUGAAGGAGAUGAGUGAAAAAGAGAAGAAGGAGCUUCAGAAAAUCCUGGACCGGAAACGACACAACAGCAUCACUGAAGCCAAAUCCCGGGAAAGGAAGAGCAAAAAGGACGUGGAACUGACGGAGAUAAACAGGAGACAUAUCACCGAGUCGGUGAACUCCAUUCGCAGGCUUGAGGAAGCCCAGAAACGGCGCCAAGAGAAGCUACUGGCAGGGCACCAGGGAAUACUACAGCUGAUUGAGGACGAAGAGCCGCGGUUGGCAGCCCAGUUGGAGCGCGAGUGCGAGCUGGAGGGCCUUACCCUGCCUCAGGAGAUCCGCCGUUACCUGCAGGAAGAGCUGGAUGGCAGCGUCAGCAACGGGCACCCCCCUGGGUCUCCCCUCAGCCCCACCCCUCCCGAAGAAGACCUGACCGUCUUGUGAGACUUGGAGGAGGACACCCGGCAGUGGCCGCAGUGUUGAUGUGCACAUGCGCACGAGAGAGAGAGAGGAGUGGGAGGCAUCUUUGGGGCAUCUCCUGCCAUCCCAGGGCUUGUUAAAAAGUGUGUUGCAGGGCAGAGCCUAUGGAAGAAAAACACACACACUAAAGGCACUUGGCUUCCCCACCCCCUUUCCUUAAAAAAAAAAAGCAAAAAGAGCAAAUGUUUUAUUUUUUUAAACUAAUUUUUUUUAAUUCAUUAACUAA